AUGCUGAUCGUCUGGACUUGGCUGCUGGCUUUAGGGCUGAUGGCAGGGCACGGGGAGGCCCAGAACUGCACACAAAUAUUUGGAGGUCCCAACUUGGCCAGAGGUAGGCCAACCUCGCAGUCCUCCACAUACCCAGUAGCAUCUGGGAUCGUUGGCCUGUCAAGCAAUGCUGUGGACGGGAACUGUGAUGGGCAAUGGUCAUCCGGGUCCUGCAGUCACACCUGUGGGGAUCUCAAUGCCUGGUGGUCGGUGGACUUGGGCAGAGAGUAUGCCAUCUCCCUUGUGGUGGUGAAAAACCGGGAGGACUUCUGUGGAAAAAGAAUGCGGGGGGCCACGAUCCACGUGGGAGACCAAAUGGGCGACUUCAGUGCAAGAAGCUUCGUCUGUGGGACCAUCGCAGACAUCCGGGAUGGUAGCCUGAGUACCAUCUUCUGCAACGGAGCCGUGGGCCGCUUCAUUACCAUCGUCAUCCCCAACCGGGUAGAAUACCUGCAUCUGGGUGAGGUGGAGGUCUACGGCACUAAUAUACCACCCCAGGCAUAG